AUGGUAAAGCGCUGGAGCAUCUUGUCCUUCAUCUUUGCCAUCCAGGAGAUCAACCAGGAUCCCAAGAUCUUACCCAACCUCACCCUGGGCUACAACAUACACGAUAACUAUUUCGAAGCAAGGAUCACAUCUGAAGCCUUGCUGGACCUGCUCUCCACUGGACAAGCCAAUAUUCCCAAUUAUUCCUGUGGGCGACAGAAUAACUUGUUGGCUGUACUUGACGGGACAGACUCUGAAAACGCCAUUUGGAUCUCAGCCAUGUUGGGCACCUACAAAAUCCCACAGGUCAACCAUGCGUACGUCCCUGGUGUUCUGGAUGAUAAAAGCCAGUUCCCUUUUUUCUACCGGAUGGUGCUCAAAGAUGAAAUCCUGCAUCCGGGGCUGGUCAGGUUGCUCCUGCAUUUCAGGUGGACAUGGAUCGGUCUGGUUGUUCGAGACAAUGACAAUGGAGAAAGGUGUAGACAAAGGGAGAUCUUGGAAACUGUGCCCAAGGAAGUUAGUGAGAGAAUCCUGUAUCAAGAUGGCUACAUCACGUACAACAGCGUCUGGUCUUUGGCACACAUCUUACAUGCAGCCUCUUCCUCUAGGUCCAAGAGGAUGUUGAUGGCAGCUAGUGGUGGCCAGAUGGAUUUCCAGAGGGUCCAGGCCUGGCAGCUUCACCUUUUCCUGAGAAAUCCUCAGUUUCACAAUGUUUCCAGGAGGGACGGCGUGCAUUUGGACCAGAAUGGAAAAUUGGCUGCCAAUUUUGCUCUCGUGAAUUGGGUGAUGCUUUCCAAUAGGUCUCUCUUUGCAGUAACAUUUGGCCAUUUCAAAAGACAGGGGUCUGCAGACUACAUGCUCACCAUUGACCAGGAUGCCAUUGUCUGGCCCAAGUGGCUCAACCAGACUCUGCCCACAUCCACGUGUGUUGAGAGCUGUCGGCCUGGAUACACCAAGGUGGUUCCAGAAGGAAAACCGGUUGCCUGCUAUGGUUGUGCUUUGUGUGCAGAAGGGACCUUCUCCUCCCAGGAAGAUCAGCAUCCAAACAGGGGCCGUGAUCACUGCAUCCCCAAAGACAUAACUUUCUUGUCCUACACAGAACCUCUAGGGAACAUCCUGGUUUCCUUUGUCCUCUUCUUCUUCUCAGUCACCUUCUUUGUGUUAGCAGUUUUCAUUAAAUUCCGAGAAACUCCGCUGGUCAAAGCCAACAACCGAGAUCUCUCCUACAUUCUCAUCGUCUCCCUCCUUCUUUCCUUCUUGUCCUCCUUUCUCUUCAUGGGGAAACCUAGCAAACCUACUUGCCUCCUCCAACAAACAGGCUUCAGCAUCAUCUUCUCCAUUGCAAUCUCAUCUGUGUUGGCUAAAACCAUCACUGUGGUGCUGGCCUUCCUGGCCACUAAGCCUGGGAGCAGGGCAAGGAGAUGGCUAGGAAAGACUCUGGCCAACAGCAUCGUCUUGUCCUGUUCCUCCAUUGAAGCUGUCAUCUGCACCAUCUGGCUGGGCACAUCUCUCCCCUUCCCUGACUCUGACAUGAUCUCUCAGCCUGGAGAAAUCAUUCUCAAAUGCAACCAAGGGUCAGUGGCCAUGUUCUACCUUUCCCUUGGCUACCUGGGCUUCCUGGCUGCCACAUGCUUCAUGGUGGCUUUCUUGGCUAGGAAGCUGCCUGGGGCCUUCAACGAAGCCAAGCUGAUCACCUUCAGCAUGCUGGUCUUCUGCAGCGUCUGGGUCUCCUUUGUGCCCUCCUACAUUGGGACCAAGGGAAAGUACAUGGUGGCUGUCCAGGUCUUCUCCAUCUUGGCCUCCAGUGCUGGGCUCCUGGGAUGCAUCUUCCUCCCCAAGUGCUACAUUAUUUUACUCAGGCCUGACCUGAACACGAAAGAAGGUCUAACAAAAAACAAAGAUGGCAUGUAA